AGAGAGAGCCCGUCGUUGGUGUUGGUUGUCUCCUUGGGUUGUCUUGUGGUGCUUGUGUGUGUUGAUGCUAAGGUCGAGUCCCGUGUCCAGCCUCCUGCAUCAUGGGCCGUGAGAGCGAGAAGGCACGUCAGCGGAAGCUGGCCCGCCGCGCGGAGAAGGAGCGCCUGGCUGCCUGUGGCGCCCUGGUGAAGCAGGCUAACGAGGUGCCCGACCUGAUGGCCGACCUGGCGGCGUUCCGACGGUACGAGCGGCGCGGCCUGGCCGUCACCAUCGAGCACCGCAACGUCGGCGACCUCAGCGCCGCAGAGGUGGACACCCUGCUGGCCAUCUGCCGCGAGAACAUGCAGAGCCUCUACGACGCCUGCGACUGGGGCUGGAACGACAAGGAGAAACGCUCCGAGAUGACCGAGAGCAUGGCCAAGUACCUGAUCGCGCGCAACGCAGAGGGGAAAAUUGUCGCGUUCUGUCAUUUCCGGUUCGAUCUGGAUUAUGACGAUGAUGUUUUGUAUUGCUACGAAAUACAGCUUACGAAGGCUUGCCGCCGAAGUGGAUUGGGUAAGUUUCUGAUGAUGAUCCUCGAGCUGAUGGCGUUCAAAAAGCAGAUGCUUUACGUGAGGCUAACAGUUCUAAAGCACAACGAAGGGGCGAAUGCGUUCUUCAAGGCCUGUGGCUACACCCGGGACAAGACUUGCCUGGAGGACACUAUUUACCAGACUCACUGCUACGAGAUCCUCAGCAAGAAGAACCCCAAAAAGGAGGACUCGAACCCGGACACCGUGCCCCAGCUGAGUGUCAGCAAGGCGCAGCAGCGGGUCAGCUCGUGAACACGCAGCACGAGCCGGCCGCCAUCGGCCAGACCGGCAUCAUCUCGUCGAUUUUCGUGUUGCUGUUUCAUUUCGAUGUCGUCGUGUGACUAGCAUCUCAGUGGAGCUCACGGCGUCGAUUGUAGUUAGAUAUUGUCAUCAGUGUCGCCGGCUGGAUUGCGAUGGUGUUUUGCAACAUCUGUGUCUUUGUGGUACCUUUACGUGACGAUGACGAUGUGUUGUGCUGUGUCACGCCCCUGUAGCGUGUCUUGUGGGGGAUGCUGGACUGGACUCGGUCUCUGGUUUUACCGACGAGUGGACCGCUUUUACUGACGCCAAAGCUUGGCCGAACUAGCCGUGAUCAGCACAUCACGAGCUGAAUUUCUUUCGUAUCGUGUUGUGACCGGACAUGUGGUAAUGCUCUCGGCUUAUGCUGUCGCUGUUUUGGGUCAGCCGCAUUUCAGCAAAAUAUCCUCACUUGCCCGUCACGUCACUGACUGAUUUUAGCUGUGUCCAUAACCAGGGAUGUGGAGCCGGAGCCGGAGCCGGAGCCGGAGCCGCCGGAGCCGGCAUAUUUUGCCCGGAGCCGGAGCCGGAGCCGGAGCCGUGCAACAAUAUAGUCCGGAGCCGGAGCCGGAGUCGGAGCCGUCAAAAAAGGGAGCGACUCCGGCUCCUUUUCUUAAGAGGAAACAAUUAUUUACCUAGUUCGGUUUGACAGUACAAGGCGUAAAACAAUGUGGUAUUCAAAAUGGCCUUGUUAUACAAAUACAGAAGCAACGGGUACCAAUCCCAUCGCCUUUUUUCUUCCACCCGUAUUUAAUUGAUCGCAUAGGGGAUGUAGGUACUGAGUAAAAGCCGGAGCCGGAGCCGCCGGAGCCGGAUCAUUUUACUCGGAGCCGGAGCCGGAGCCGGAGCCGCCAUGACAUUUCACCCGGAGCCGGAGCCGGAGCCGGAGCCGAUUUUUUUCUCCGGAGCCGGAGCCGGAGCCGGAGCCGUCUGAAAUUUCCACGGCUCCGCAUCCCUGUCCAUAACGUUUGUUAAUAAAACGCGAAGUGAAAA